AUGCGCCUCUAUCUACUCCCGCUCACCACGAGCCGGACUCUGCUCUACUCGCAACGACUCAAUAUUGCGACGAACAGCCAGCAAGGCUUGGCGGACAAGGUUGGCAAGAAGGCCGCAAAACUGUGGGCCGGCUGGGAGGCCAGAGAAAGCGGCUGGCAGAAGAAGGUGGUCAGCUACGGCAACUAUGCCCUCCGUCGGAUCCCCUACGAAGAAUGGGGCCUGAAGUCGGUCCCGCCCAUUUCGGCGCGCCGCAAGGACGACGAGCUCAAGGGCAACGAGAAGAUUGAGCUGGUCUUCCCGGACAAGGUUAUCCCCACGGGAAAGGCAGAGCAGGUUGUCAGAACCUUGGCGACGGAACGGGACGCGCUGCAUAAGAGGAAGCUCAUAUGGUGCUUGAUUGGCAUGCCCAUCUCGGCGCCCUUUGCUCUUGUGCCAGUGAUCCCUAACCUGCCUUUCUUCUACCUGGCAUACAGAGCUUGGUCGCAUUGGCGCGCUCUCGAGGGAGGCAAGCACCUUCGAUUCCUCGUUGACAACAAACUCCUGGCCCUGUCCCCGUCGAAGCUGCUGAACGACAUUUAUACGCCGUUGAUACCAGAAAACACGACCCAAACACCGUCAAAACCUGCCCUGGGCCAGAGCGAACCUCUGCAGGGCAAAGGGGAAAACGCAAAGGACGAGACGAUCCUGCUGUCGCAAGCCAAUGGCCAGCACAUCGCCAAAGCGCUCGACGUGCCCGAGUUGGGCGUCGAGAUCGAACGGGCCAUAUGGCAGGUCAACCAUGCCAAAGAGGCCAAACAAGAGGAAGCUACGGACAAUGCCGCGGACGAGGCCGCCAAGCAAGCCGCGAAGCAAGUCAACGCCGAAAUCCCCAAAGACAAAGAAAACCCGGUCCCCCCGCGCGACGACGAGAAAAAGUAG